CCAACCUUUAAAAAAAAGCGCCUACUAACCCCAAUUGUUUCCUCUUUUUUGAUCAUUUCCCUAUUUUUUUUCCCCAAACCCCUCCCUCACUUUCACGAAAGAGAAGCUUUUCAGCAUCCAUUUUCUUCCAAUUGAAAAAUUAAAAACCCUCGCUUGAAGAAUAAAAAAACUGAAAGAGAUUCACAAAAUAUUUUUUGUAUGGUAAUUCCUUUCUUCGUGAUGAAAGAGAUGCGAUUGUGGGUUCAUGUCUAUGUAACAGAAAUUUUGGUUGAAUCGGUGUAUUUUGAAGAAGGAUAUAACACUCUCUUUUGAAUUCGAGAUAACUCCCGAUGACCUUCAGAGAAGAUGCAAUUGUCACUAGAUGCUAUUCCUCUUUCUGCUCUGCAUGGUGUUCUGAAACAGGAAUCAAUCUCAAGUUUGAGCUGCUCCAGGUAAAAUCUUUCAGCUACCUCAUUGAUUGGCACAUUGUUGCUUCAAAUAUUACAGGUAUGCCGAAGCCCAAGCGUUACGAGAACUUCCAGAACUCAAUUAAGUCAGCACCUACAUCACAAGGUGUAGCACAACCUUUAUUAGCAACUGAAUCAACACCUUCACAUUUUGAUGAUGCACCACAGCUGACUUCAUUUAAUCAACCGACAGAACGACCAACACCUUCAGGUCAUGUUGUAGCAAAUCCGAUUCUGUCAGAUCAGACCACAACACAGCAGGUUCCAUCAGCCCGGGCCGCGUCACAACACCCACCAUCUAGAAAACGUAGUGGACAUGUGUCUACGAAACAUUGAACUGUAGAUGCAAUAGCCAAGUGAUGCGGCUGGAAGAUCUAUUUAACCCAUGGAUAUAAGAUGAUCAUUUGGUGGAAGUAAUCCUAACGACAACCAUUGAAGUUGCUUGCAAAUGUAUUAGAUAAUUAAGUAUCGUACUCGAUUGAAUGGUCAUAGUAGAUCUUUUGUCCAUAAUGAUUGGGAUGGAUGUUCUAUUUAAAGUUAGUUUUAAGACUAAUUAUAAUA